UGAUAUCUAAGCUAGGGUCUCGGGAAACGAGCAAGAGUUCGGAGCAAAUUGAGGGAGAAAAAGUACGGAGUUUAGUGUGGUGUUAUUCUGUUGGUAGAGCACGCUAGCUAUUCUCUAUGCAUUGCAUUGCCUUGCCGUUUGCCCCCACUACCCCUAGACCUCCUCCUCCUCCUCCUCCUCCUCCUCCUUUUCUGGUUUUUGUCUCCUCCAUUCCCAAACACGCCAAAAAUCCAAACAUCUCUCUAUUUAAUGAAUUUCCUCCUGUGCUCCUGCGCCUAUCCAAUCCACGUGCAACUUGCCACAUACUCUAGCUCUCUCUCUCUUGAACCUUUUUUCUAUAUAAAAACCCUUUCUCUCUCUCUCUCAAACGCAAUGCCGAUCACAUUGACAACCCACAUUUAUAAUCUGAUAUGAUCAUAAUUUAUCAUUGCUACCAUAAGAACCCACAACACACAAAAAACCAAAUACCCAAAACACCAACAUAAACAUAAACAUCAUUUGUUUAUGUAUAUUUAUUGCCUUUCCCUUUCCCUUUCUCUCUCGUCCCCACUUUUCUUCUCCACCAGAGGCCCAAAAUCUCACUUCCCUUUCCAUCCCUCUCUCUCUCUCUCUCUCUCUCUCUCUCUCUCUCUUGCCCUCUUUCUCUCUUUCCCAUAUAAACAAACGCUUCAUCAAAAUCACCAUGCAAACUCCCUCCACUACUACUACUACCACUGAUCUGGGUACCAGUGCUACUUCUUUUUUAGAAGCUGAUGAAGAUCAAGAUGAAGAGUCCAUUUUUCUUUCUCUUGGUCCUCCUGGACAGGGUGUCCCCAAACAGUACCACCUCAUCUAUCACCAGUCUUCUUCCUCAACCCAACCUCCUCCUCAUAAUCAUCAUCACCAUCACCAUCACCAUCACCAUCAUCAUCAAGAUCAAAACCCUAAUACUGAUCAUCUUGAGGAUGGUGCUGUCACAGUAGCUCUUCAUAUUGGGCCACCAAGUAGUGGUAGUACAAUUAGUUCAUCAAUUGGAAACCCUAACCACAACCACAUUGGUGCUCCUAUAGAAGGCCAGUACUGGAUUCCCUCCCCUGCACAAAUCCUCGUUGGCCCCACCCAGUUCUCCUGCCCUGUCUGCAGCAAAACAUUCAACAGAUACAACAACAUGCAGAUGCAUAUGUGGGGGCAUGGAUCACAAUAUAGGAAGGGGCCAGAAUCCUUAAGAGGGACAAAGCCAGCUUCAUCAGUGCUGAGACUUCCAUGCUACUGCUGCGCAGAGGGGUGCAAGAACAACAUAGAGCACCCAAGGUCAAGGCCACUCAAAGACUUCAGGACACUGCAGACACAUUACAAAAGAAAACAUGGGUCAAAGCCAUUUGGGUGCCGCAAAUGUGGGAAGCCAUUUGCGGUGAGAGGAGAUUGGAGGACUCACGAGAAGAACUGCGGGAAGCUCUGGUUUUGCAUUUGUGGGUCUGAUUUCAAGCACAAGAGGUCGCUCAAAGACCAUGUUCGUGCAUUUGGGGAUGGCCACGCACCCUAUGGUGUUGAGUUGUGUACUGAGCCUGAAGAAGAAGAUCAUCUGGAUGAUGAAGAUGACGAUGAUGAUUAAAUAACUCUGCUUUAUUUGUUUAAGGGUAAUUAAUUAGUAAGUACACUUGGAGUUCGAUUUUUAGCUAACUAGCUAGCUAGCUGUAAUUAAUUAAUUAGAUUUAGUUAGUAGCGAUGAUUCUGUCUCUGUCUCUUCUCUUAUGUGUGUGUGAGAGACAGUGAGAGAGUGAGGGAGUGAGAAGAUGAAGACAAACAGUAC